GAAGUGAGUGUAAACACUGUCGUUUUGUUAGUUAAUUUAUGUUGCAGUAAACGUGUAAAUCCUCACGUGUGAUAUGUUUAUUAGCGUUUUGUGCGAAAGCUGUUAGUGCUACUUUAGUUUUUUUUUCGACCAGUUACUAGCGCUACAUUAGAGGCACGACGACGAGCCUUAGCGAGUGAAUAAUUUAUGGCCGCAAAAUAUUUAGUUGGCGUGUGGAGCCGCUAGUGGAACCAGCAGCUGCCUCGACGAUCCUUGCCAUUCCAGCUACACGUGGUCGUCGCCCUCGCACGUGGUGGCAGCCGCGGCAACAAGAGAGGAAAAGUAGUAGUGCGGGCUGUGAUGUGUUAAUGAAAUUCAAUUCCUAUUUAUCGCCAGUAGUGCCCGGAAGCGUUCCGGUGAACAGGUCUCGCAGGUUUGGUCUCGCGGGGGGCCAGACAGACACACCGCAGCUCUACAGUAGCAAGUGAGGUGGUGUAGCGUUUCAACCCGGGCUAUUUCUUCGUGGCGGGUGGAAAAGAAGCCACGGAAGUGGAAAAUCAACCGCGUGUGGAAUCUCGGGCUGGCAUUCCAGCUGCAGCCAGCAGCUGCUGAAAGUGUGUACGUGUGUGUUUCUGUUAUAACUCCAUUAGAAGAAACGGCGGGCCCCGGUGGUCGUAAUGACCAACAUCAACUACUCGAGAAUGUUUCGGGGCAAGAUUCGUACCAACACGUGCCGGAUCGUGCUGCUGACGUCGCUGGUCUGGCUGCUGAUCGAUGUGAUACUGAUCAUGAACUACGCCGACUGCCUCGGCGGCUCCAGCUGGCUGUGCAAGCGGCCCGGCGAGUACGACGUUGAGCUUCCGCACAGUGCCCAACAGCGGUCGGCGGCCAGUCAUAAGGACGAUGACGACGCCAUGGUAAACGCCGAUGAAAUCGAUACCAACUCCAACAUUGUGGACGACCAGCCGUUCGACAGCUCGGUACCACGGACGUACCGACCACAGGAGCUGAAAAAGUGGCGUCCGGCGCCUCAGGUGGGCGAAAACUACGGGAAGCCCGGCGAACUGGGAAAGCCGGUGAAAAUUCCCUCCAGCCAGCAGGAGCUGAUGAAGGAGAAGUUCAAGGAGAACCAGUUCAACCUGCUGGCCAGCGACAUGAUCUGGCUGAAUCGGUCGCUCACGGACGUGCGGCACCACGACUGCAAAAAGAAGCACUACUCCGCCAAACUGCCCACCACCUCGAUCGUGAUCGUGUUCCACAACGAAGCCUGGAGCACGCUGCUGCGAACCAUCUGGAGCGUCAUCAACCGGUCGCCCCGGCCCCUGCUCAAGGAGAUCAUCCUGGUGGACGACGCCAGCGAGCGGGACCACCUGGGCAAGCAACUGGAGGACUACGUGUCGACGCUCCCGGUCAGUACGUUCGUGCUGCGAACCGGCAAACGGUCCGGCCUGAUCCGGGCGCGACUCCUCGGUGCCAAACACGUUAAGGGACAAGUGAUAACCUUCCUGGACGCUCACUGCGAGUGUACCGAGGGCUGGCUGGAGCCCCUGUUGGCGCGUAUUGUGCUCGACCGAAAGACUGUUGUGUGUCCCAUCAUCGACGUGAUAUCGGACGAGACGUUCGAGUACGUCACCGCGUCCGACCAGACGUGGGGUGGCUUCAACUGGAAGCUCAACUUCCGAUGGUACCGGGUACCUUCCCGAGAGAUGCAACGGCGGAACCACGACCGGACGGCUCCCCUGCGGACGCCCACCAUGGCCGGAGGGUUGUUCUCGAUCGAUCGGGACUACUUCUACGAAAUCGGAUCGUACGACGAAGGCAUGGACAUCUGGGGUGGUGAGAACCUUGAAAUGUCCUUCCGGAUAUGGCAAUGUGGUGGCAUACUAGAGAUUGCCUGUUCCCACGUGGGCCACGUUUUCCGCGACAAAUCGCCCUACACGUUCCCCGGAGGCGUCGCCAAUAUCGUGCUGAAGAAUGCGGCGCGCGUUGCAGAAGUGUGGUUGGAUGAGUGGAAAGAGUUUUACUAUCAGAUGAGCCCAGGAGCACGCAAGGCCUCUGCUGGGGACGUCAGCGAACGGAGGGCACUUCGCGAGAAGCUAAAGUGCAAGAGCUUCCGGUGGUACCUGGAGAACAUCUACCCGGAGAGCCAGAUGCCGCUGGAUUACUACUUCCUGGGCGAGAUCCGCAACGAGGAGUCCCAGAACUGCCUGGACACGAUGGGCCGCAAGUCGAACGAGAAGAUCGGCAGCAGCUACUGCCACGGGCUCGGUGGCAACCAGGUGUUUGCGUACACCAAGCGCCACCAGAUCAUGUCCGACGACAACUGUCUGGACGCGUCCAACGCGCUCGGGCCGGUUAACCUGGUCCGGUGCCACGGGAUGGGCGGCAACCAGGAGUGGGUGUACGAUGAAGAGGAAAAGACUAUCAAGCACGUCAACAGUGGCAACUGCCUGACGCGACCGUCCGUGGACGACCCGUCGACGCCGCUGCUGCGGCCGUGCAACUACGGGCGCGGCCAGCAGUGGCUAAUGCAGUCCAAGUUCAAGUGGCAAGCCGGCCACAACAACCGGAUCAGCCACCACGGCGAGGACAGAUAAAAUCCGGCGGAUGAUGACCGCGUCACUCGGCGGAGGAUGAGGACCAGCAACAGCAGCAGCCAACGGCCAUCGAGGACUGACGAGGACAACCGACGACCACGACCGUGACGAGAAGAUGAAAAUGUGAUUCCUAGUAAGCUCCUUGACCCCCUAAAUGAUGUUGCACGGGGAGCACGGAACGAACCCUUGGUUUUUUAGUCGAUUUAUAUCUGUGUAAGGUGAGUUAGCGUGUAAGACAGGUUUAGCAGCAGAGCGAGGCGUGUUUCUUUUUUUUAUUAUUGUGAGGAUAAAUGAGCAUCCCGAGAGAGAGAGAAAGAAAGAGAUAUUAAUUAGGGCGAUAUUACGGAAUGCCGCGCGCGCCAUUUAUGUUGAACUUAUUCUGCGAAAACAGGAGCGAAUGCGGUGUCGUAUGAAAGAGGAAUUUAUAGCUAGAGCAAGAAAAGGCGAAGGACUAAGGUUAGCAUUGUAAAUACCAACCAACAACCAUUUAGCACACACUGAAUACUAAUUACGGAAGUCUUACGUCCCUUUUUA